AUGAGAUUGAGAUGGAACUUGGAAGAAACGUCGCAUAUUUUUCUUCCAGGUAGCUCCUUUCCAGUGCGUUACACACAAAUUUUGCUGUUGUUCACUUCCUUGGUGUUGACCUUCCAUCAGCGUGUCAAUGUGCCCGAAGUUAUUGUUGUACUCACAACCGCCAACGGCACGUACGCUCAUUUUAUGCCGGAGGGUUACUCAUUGACGCCGCACGAAAAGUCCACUAUGCUAGGAAGUAUUUAUUGGGGUGCAAUUUUGGUACAAAUACCCAGCGGCUAUAUCUGUAGUACCUAUGGUGGCAUCAAGCUCUUGUUCUGUUCGCUCUUCUUCUCCUCAUUCAUAUGCAUUGUGCUGCCGCUGAGUCUGAUAUUUGGCAAUUUCAUCACUUUUAUUUUGUUACGCGCGUUGCAAGGCUUGGCGCAGGGCGUUUUAUUUCCCACAAUCUUUGGACAUCUAGCCAAGUGGUGUCCACUCAACGAACGAAGUCUGCUCGGUGGCUUCUCGCAAUCUGGCGCGGAGUUUGGCGUAGCCUUAGGCUUGAUGAAUAGCGGCUUUUUAUCAGUGUCAUCAUUAUAUUGGCCAGCGGCCUUUUAUAUGCCAGGUCUCGCCGGCUUAGUGUGGUGCAUUUUCUGGUCAAUCUUUGGCGCUGAAUCACCAUGGGUCUCCAAACGUAUAUCAGUCACUGAAAAGCAGCUCAUACAAUCUGCCGGCACUCUUAGUAUGCGCGAAAACCGCCGCAAGGCUGCCAUACCCUGGUGCGCGAUCGCCACUUCAGUGCCUUAUUUGGUGCUGCUGUUAAAUAAAAUUAGUCACGCCUUUACGAUCGCGACCAUGGGCCAGCAGAUACCCAUAUAUUUGAACGGCAUGUACGCUUACGAGAUCCAUAUAAAUGCUUUAAUAUCGGCGCUGCCAUUUUUCAUUAUGUUAAUCAGCACUUAUAUGGUGACAAUCAUCUCGCAUUAUUUGCUGAAAGUCAGAAAAGUGCGUCUGUCGCUGGUGCGCAAGUCAUUAAAUACGAUUUCGAACUGGGUGCCCGCCACUGCAUUGGCGACUAUGAGCUUGCUGUCCAAGGACAAUGCGGUGGGUAACAUUUCCUGUAUCGUUAUUACCGUUGUCGCAUUUUCGACUUUUACGCUUGGUAGUUCAUUGAAUCACAUUGACCUGGCGCCAAAUUUUGCUCCACUCCUCUCUGGUGUUACCGGCACAUUCGUCAUGAUAGCGGCCAUUUUUUCGCCCAUAGCUGUGGCAGAAGUCGUAAAAGAUGAGAACGAUCCUUGGCAGUGGAAUAUCAUAUUCUUGUUCACAGCUGCUUUUCUCUUCGUAACGAAUUUGUUGUAUUUGUUUUUUGGCCAAAUGGUAGCGCAGCCAUGGAACGAACUGCAGACUAAAGAAACGAAAAGUGUUCAUAAUGAAGUGACAUAAACAUUUCCUUCACUUUAAA